CGGGCCUGGGGACUGUCUGGGAGCUGGAGCUGGGGGCCGGGCCUGGGGACCAACCAGGGAGGCAGGCGUGGGGUGCCGGGCCUGGGGAAGCGACAGCCCCGUGACGCCGUGCUACAGCCCGCCCCGCUGCUGGGAUAGUCUUUGAUCCCUCCAGGACCCUUGACAUCUUGGGUUGGCUUAUUUGCUUUUUGAAUGUUUGGGGCGCAGGACUCAGCCGGCAGCACAUUUGCUGAGUUGCCGGCUGUCUCCCACGCCAGGAAGGUUCUAGACCCCCAGAGUUUACAGUCUAAGAGAGAAACAGAAAACAGGGAAUGAACAAGUGAAUACAUGCUGUAGGAGUUAAAAUGUUACGCCAAUGCGCGAAUUGAAAUUAUCCUCUUUCUAUUCCUUCAAAAUGGUAUAGCCGGUGUUCGUGGCUCCUGUGGCCGGCACUGUCCUCCAGGGCUGCACUGUCCAUACAGGUGAACAACAGGAUCUCCACUCUCAGGAGUGGCCACUGUGGAGUACAAGUGACCUGACCACCCUGCCUAGCCCAAGCCCUCGGCAAGGUCUUCUAGUCCUUGGUUCAGAAGGGUCUGCUGUGGCAGCUGGCCGGGGCUGGCCUGGGAAUAGACCCUGGGGGGAGGCAAGGUGUCUGUCCCCACCGAGGUUACAAUUUGGUAGAGAGGAAAAAUCUGAUAAGCACACCAGAAAGAUACAGUAGUGACAUGGGCUGUGAGGGGAAUUAUAGCUGCUGAGAAGGAACCUUACAGGGGUGGUGGCAGCGAGGGGGCUACAGUGUCGCUUGACUUUAUUGUGAAGUCUUGAAGGCAUAGCUGAAGAAUGAAGAACAGCCAUACCUGGACCAGCCGUGCAAGGGCCUUAAGGCCACAGAAGAAAUGAAAGGAGCCAAACAGGAACUGGAGAAGGAUCAGGCACGGAGCAAGGACACUUGUCAUUGCUGUUAGGUAAUUGCCCCAGAAAAGCCCCUUCCCCAGAAAGCCCCUUCCUGCUUUCAACAGACCAAGUCUAGCUGUCUCACUGUUAAAGUUACAGCUACCUGCUGAAAAUUUCAAACUUAUGGCCUGCGCCUAAUGGCUCUUCCCGCCAGAGCAGUAACUCCUUAUUGGCUAUUCUACCUUCCCGUCACCAUUCUAAGACUUCCCCUGACUGAACCUAUAUGAAGAUAUAACUCUUCUUUUGGUCUUUUUUCUCUCUCUCGCUCUCCCUCUCUGUCUCUCUUACUCUUUCUUUUUUUCCCUCUCUCUUCCCCUCUCUCUCUUCCUCUCUCUCUCUUUUUCUCUUCUUUUCUCUCCUCCUUGGGAUGGGAAAGAUGCUUCUCUGCAGCAUCCCUCCCAAGAAAGACCUUUCAUACAAGCCUUGGUGGUCUGUGAGAUCUCUGCUGGUCGAGUGCCACCCUUUCAUCUGAUGUCAGAAGUGGGAUCUAAUUAGGGAACUCUCCCAAGGGUAGCUUCCACCCCUUCCACGGGUUCAUGUCACUUUUAGCUCCUGGGGGCUCCCUAUCCUCUUCUCCCACUCCUGGCACUCACCACUGCAUGGGCUCUUGUCCAUCUGCUAAGGCACUCUAACCAGCACUCAACACAGGCCUCAUUCAGACUUGGUGAGUACUCCUUUGGGAGCGAGUUUUCUCUAAUCAUGGGCUGGGUUGCUUACAUUCCUGGUGAUUCACCCGUUUCUCGAGGCUUGAGUUCCCUAUUCCCAUUGACCUUGUGUGGCUUAAACCAGGGCUUCCAUGCCUCGCACGAAAAUUUCUGGCCCAGAUCUCAAGCUCUCCUCAGCCCCAAGGGUCUGACACUGAUCUGGGGUACAGUGACGAUGGUCCUAAACUGUGUUCUUGUCUUCAUGGCCAGCAACAAAGCAGCGGAGACGUCCGCCCUUUGUCCUGGUCCUCGCAUGAUUCUGCUCAUGCUUUAUUCCUGCGAUGAAUCGCCAUGGGUGCAGAAGUGGGAUCUAAUUAGGGAACUAAUUAGAUUCUAUCCCACCUAACUCCCCCUUGGGGUGCUUAUUAUGCCACCUGGUAGAAUUAAGAUUAGACUUAAGGCCAAAAAAUUUAAUUAAACUCUCUACCCAGGUUUGGCCACUUUACAAACUAGACAACCAAAGUAUCUGACCAAACUAUAGUUCAUUUGAUUUUUCUUUAAUUCAACACUUAUAUAACUAUUGUGAGCGCCUUGGCAAAUGGAGUGAGGUCCCCUAUGCUCAAGGCUUCUCAUAUCUUAGAACCAAGCCUAAUUUAUGUUCGGGUGAUUCUAAAAUUCUUGUAACAAAGGGCUCUUCUACUCUCUGUCUCCCUGAACCAAACCUAUUUGACCCAGCAGAUGAACCUCCAUGGCACAGACAACCGGCCACGGUUCUGAAACUGGAGUAAUUCUUGUUCAGGCUCUGCCAUGUUCGGCUCCUCCCUCAACUACGCAGUUGCCUCCACCCUCUGUCCCUCCUACUUCUCCAUUAACCAAUCUGAGCUCCUCUGGUAACUCCUCCCCUCCAACUAGCCCUCAGAGUUCUUCCCUGUUGUCUCUCAGUCCACUGCCCGCUGCUCCAAGAAACACUUUCGGACCUCUUUACCCCUUUUUUCCUCCAGCUCCUCCAUAUAAUGGUCCUACAGUGCCACUGUGUAACAAUGUAGACAAAUUGCAAACUAAUUCUUCUACAUCCACCAUUCACCCUUCACUUCCCUCUGGUUCCCUCACCAGCUCCUGCUCCCAUGGGUCUCCAGAAUUAGAGGGACCUUCAGCUCCCUCGCACUUCCUGGCCCCGCUCCGCGACGUAGCUGGAGUCAAUGGCGUAGUCUCUGUUUAUCUUCCUUUCCCCAUGACUAAACCCACACACCUUAAGGUUAGACUAGGUUCCUUUACUUCUAAUCCUUAUCAUUUUAUUCAAGAGUUUCAAUUUAUUACUAUGUCCUAUCAACUUACUUGGCAUGAUGCUUUUGUUAUUUUAGCUAAUAUCCUAACCUCUGACCAGUGCAAACGAGUGUGGGAGAGGGCGAAAGAGGCAGCAGAUCAAUUUUAUACAUCAAACAAUGAGCAUCCUAUAGGUGACACUGUGUUCCCUAACUCCCAGCCAAAUUGGAAUUAUAAUGAUAAUGCUGGGAGAAAAAGUAGAGACAUUUUUAUUACCUGCAUUCUUUGCAGAUUUAGAGCUUCGCCAAAAAGGCUAUCAAUUACGAUAAAUUAUGGGAAGUCAUACAAGUUAAGUCUGAGAAUCCUUCAGCUUUCCUCCAACGCUUUACCAAGGCUUUUGUUAAGUAUACUAACUUAGAUCCUGAAACAAUAGAUGGGAAAAACAUUCUCAUGACUUAUUUCUUUAACCAAGGUUACCCUGACAUCAAACUUAAGCUAAAGCGCUUGGAGCACAGACCCCUAACACCCCAGGCCGUGAUCUUAGACACAGCCUUUAAGGUUUACAUGGGGCAAGAUGAUGUUUUCCAAACGGAAAAUAAAAAAAUCUCAAACCCAAGAUUUUCAAAUGCUAGCUCAAAACAUAACAAACAGUGUCACUGAGGCCAUCAUUCCUAACCUGCCUAAGUCAUCAGGGCCAAAGGCAGCUUCAUGACUCAAUGACCUGGACCAUGCUACAAAUGCAGUGAAGAAGGCCACUGGGUAUGAUGUUGCCUUAAUCCUAGGCCCCCGCCAGGGCCAUGCCGUCUCUGCAAAAGAAAGGGCCAUUGGAAGGCUGACUGCCCCUUGCCCCAGAGAGGACAUAGGGCCAGCCAACCAGCAGCACCUACAGCAGACUUGUUGGGGCUUGCCUUUUCUGAAGACUGACAGGACCCUGGCUUCUCUCACCUGAUGAAGAUCACCUCUGCGGAGCCAAGAGUAACCCUAAUGGUGGCAGAGGUGGGGUCUUGCUAUGUUGCUCAAACUGGUAUCCGACCCCUGCUCUCAAGAGAUCUCUCCCAUGUCAGCCUCCCAAAAUGCAAGGAUUACAGAGCCUGGUGGAGCCCUGUGGAAAACUGAAGGAGAAAACAAUUUUCCUAAUAAAAGAACUUAAUGAAGAGCGACCCAGACCCUGAAGACAAAGGGGAUGAUGGCGGAGGGACAACCUGUGAGUCACCACCUACAGGGGCUUUCCCAAACAACAGAGUGGGCCAUUCUCUCUCUCCAUUCAAGUUUCCUGUGUUGCUGAGCCAUAUGAACCCAUCUUCUCUCCAGCUGGAGGUUCAUUUUUGCCCUGGAUCCAAGGAGACAGUUCCAAUGGAGACCUCCUUUUCCUUCUCAUCCUUUUUUGGGAAGCACUUAUGGAGCACUCUCCAUAGGCCGGAGUUUUCCUCCACCAUCACAUUCUAAAAACAGAAAUAAGUUCCUUUGAAGUUAAUUCAGACUUCAACAAAUCAACUAUUAGGACCAACAUAAAGAAACCAGAGACUUUUAAAAUCAUUUCUCCUCAAAAGGAAUUUUUAUCUCAUUUGUUAGCAUCCUAAAAAGAAGAAUAUACUUA